AUGCGGCUAUGUAUGACAGACGACUACUGGGCAAAACGGAUGGUCCCAGGACCACCAAACGGCAAAAGCCAGGAAGGUCGCGGGGGGUGGGCAGGCAGGUGGUGGAGAGGCGGCCUCGGCAGUCGCAGGGUCAGGAAAAGACCAAUUCGCGGGAGUCAGCGAAUAGCAGGUCAAAGAUGA